GUUGUGUUGGCACCUUGGUCGCUACAGUCAGACGGCAUGUUGUCGGGGGUAUACCUACUGCAGUCGGAUAGAACUCGAGCAGUGAUUUCAAUCGUAAGGGUAAUCAAUGGGGCCUUGAAUACGAUGCAUCUCUUCGGAAAGCUGAGCCUUUGACCAAUAUAACAAAGCAACCCCACGUGUAUUUCUACCCUCCCCCUCGCUGCUCUGUUCACUUUGUUCCUCUCUCCCUCUCAUUCCCUCUUAACCGUCGGUCAAUCAAAUCAAACAAGAUGCCCGAAGAAUACGACGUCGUAGUAGUGGGUGCCGGACCGGUAGGCCUCAUGUUCUCGGCGUGUCUGGCUCGCCUUGGUUCCUACAAGAUCAAGCAUGUCGACAACCGCGCCGAGCCAACGACUAUCGGCCGCGCGGACGGCAUCCAGGCCCGAACCCUGGAUGUCCUGAAUUCCAUGGGCCUGAAGAGACCCAUCUGGGCCUACAACCCCGGUCUCAUCUACGAGGUUGCCUUCUGGGAGUCGACCGCUGAUAGGAAGUGCAUCCAGCGUACGGGUACAAGCAAGAGCUACCCCGACCACGUCGACACCCGUUACCCAUUUACCACUAUCCUGCACCAAGGUCGUAUCGAAAGCAUCUUCCUGGAGGAUUUGCGGUCGCAUGCGGUCGAGAUACAGCGGCCGUGGACGAUCCGCGCCGCAAGAUACCGUGGGCCUGGUUCUGAAUACCCUAUUGACGUCGAGCUGGUCAGUAUCGAUGGCUUGGCUACCGAGACGAUCAAGACGAAGUAUCUGUUCGGUGCGGACGGAGCGCGCAGUGCCGUGCGUGACCUGUUCAAGAUUCCGAUGGUCUAUAAAGAUCCGACGGUGCAUGUGUGGAGUGUGAUUGACGGGGUAGUGAAGUCGGAUUUUCCGGACAUGCAGAUAAAAUGUACUAUUCGUUCGCCGCACGGCUCUUGCAUGAUCAUUCCACAAGGCAACAACCGUGUGCGAAUAUACGUCCAGAUCUCGCCAGAACAAGGCAAGAAUCUGUCCGUGUACGCCUCACAGGCCAAAAUCCAGCAUAUGGCCAACAGGAUUCUAAGCCCCUACCGUGUCGAAUGGGAGUCCGUCGAUUGGCACUCGGCCUACCACAUCGGCCAAGGCAUCUCGCAGCGGUACUCGUUGGACAACCGUAUCUUCAUCGGUGGCGACGCCUGCCACACGCACAGUCCCAAAGCCGGUCAGGGCAUGAACUACGGUCUGCUGGACUCCCACAAUCUGGCUUGGAAACUCCACCUUGUGGAGUCCGGCCUGAUGCGCCCGGAGAUGCUGCACACAUACGAGGAGGAACGCCGCGCCGUCGCCUCGCGACUGAUCGAGUUUGACGCCACCUACGCUGGUCUCUUCAGCUCGCAUAACCCCUCGCAGCAGACCAACGACGAGUUCCUCCGCAUCUUCAAGGAGAACUCCCUAUUGACCAGCGGUUAUGGUGUGGAAUACCCGCCCAACAUCCUCACGCGGAUCGGUGACGCCGCUGACAUCUCUCGCCCCUUGCUGAGCGCCCUCCAGCGAGUCCAGCCGGGCCGCAGCUUCCCCCCGAUCAACGUGACACGUGUGAUCGACGCGUGCGAGAUACAGCUGGAGCGCGAGGUCCCCUUCAAUGGAAGUUUUCACGUGUACGUGUUCGUUGGUGAGCAGAACCACCAGCAACAGCGCGCACUGACAGACCUAGCUGGACAACUUUCGCGUCAAGAAUCUGUAUUCUCGCGGGCGGUGGACAAUUCUGGGGAGCCAGACUUGUCGUACGAGAGCCGGCAUAACCCGCACUCAGCGUUGUAUACCUUUUCCGUUGUGUUUAACGCGGUGCGCGUGUCCGUCGAGAUUAGCUCGUUGCCCCAGUUCCUCCUACCCUACCGGUAUCACAUCUACUCUGAUGAUGCGCGUAGCCAGAAGUUGCAUGCGGGGGGCCAGGGUGCAGCGCAUGCGAGAUUGGGUUUUAACCCGCGGGAAGGGGGAGUGGUCGUCGUCCGUCCCGAUGGGUAUGUUGGGUGUAUCGUGAGGUUGACGGAGGGCAGAGCAACGGCUGAGGAGCUAAAUCAGUACUUCUCCGACAUUUUGCCUCGUAGUCAGACCAAUGAAUUGAUCAGAAGCAUGAUGUAGGGUAUGGAACUCUUGGGAAUCAUCAGUGCAAUAACUCAGAAUGCAAUAUAAUUGGGCAAUCUAUAUCUCGCAAGACAUAGCCCUUCG